AUGACGAGCACCAGCGUGUUGACCUCCUCCCCGACCUCGACAUGGACGACGGGCCCCUUCACCACGCAGACGCCGGCGCCAACUCCGAUUCCAGGCAGCCUGGACACCCCGUGGUACUUCAGCGACGUGCUGGACCUGCCCGCCCUCAUCUUGUACGGCAUCGUCGGCGCUAACCUCGUGCUCAGCUUCACGGCGUGGUUCGUCCUGAAGUGCUGCUUGCAUCGCCCGCGCUCGGCGCGUCGCGUGCGCUUCGUUGCGCCCAUUGUGCAUUUCCUCGUCUUCUUCCUGUUUGAGUUUGUGGUUCUCUGUGCUCGACUUCACGCCUGGACCACCAACGACAACGAGUACACGCCGUCGUGGACGGCGGAGGGCGAAAUGGUGUUCCCCAGUCCAGCGUUUAGCUCAAGCCUCAGCCCCGAUUUCCUGCGCGAGGUUGGCUGCGGCGACUUCAUCUUGACCAAUGGCACAACGAGCACACUGGAGCCGGUUGGCCCCAGCGAGUGCAGCUUGGGCAUCCGGAUCGGAGCAAAGCUGUCGCCAGGCACGGUGGCCACCAUCAGCCUGGUCCUCGGCUUGAUGGGGUUCGUCCUGCUGGAGAUGUUUGUGCUCCUGCUGGAGAUGGGAGAUGGAAGGGAACUGGAGCGCCUCAAGCUGAAAACCUUGGUGAUGUUGCCCUCGCUCAAGGCCGUUUUGAAACGGGACAUUUCCGUCGAUGACUUCAACAACUCCCGGGAUGAGGACUUUGAUGAGGAGGAGCAGGGGCUGGUUGAAAGGCAGCGCCAUACUGCUGAAGGAUGCGCGAAGGAGCAAGCCAGAACCAUGGCGCUGCGAGGACGAAAGCGCAGAGCCAUCGCUGCCGUGGAAGAGGGGCAUCAACUCACCCAACUUGCGUGGAAUGAGCGCGUGGACAAAGAACAUGCAGACACACAGAAACUGUUUCCCACAGCCGCUGACACUGAGUCCUCUGGACAUUUCCGGAAACUGGAAGACCUCAUCCAGCGUUUCCACAUGGGCGAUGCCCGAUCCUCAGCUCUGGAAUCUUCUCAAGGCUGGGGAGCAUUGCAGUUUGCAGACAAGGCCUCAGAGGUGCCGUACCUGUGCUUGUCGACAGAAGACAGCCCCAUGGAUGCCUGCGAGUUUGCAGAGCUGAUGUUGAUGCGGCAGCGAGGUCGCAGCUUUGUGCAACCUAACUUGGUUGUGAGCGCGACCGGUGGAGCACGGCAGUUCACCCUUGCCGAUGACACUCAGCGGCAGUUGACGCAGUUUUUGCAGUUGGUGUCGCAGCGCACAAAUGCAUGGAUCACCACUGGGGGCUGUGACACAGGCUGCAUGAAGCUGGCUGCAGAUAUCCUGCAACAAACAGAAGAGGACAACAGCAGACACGCUCCAUUCGUGAUUGGCAUUGGCACAUUUGGCGUCAUCAAGAACCACGAAGCCCUCAUUUCUGCUGGGGACCCUCCACAUCAUAUCGAUUACAGCAGCCUGGGAGAUAACCACACGUUCGGCGUAGCGCUCAAUGCCCAACAUGACUUGUUCUUGCUGGUGGAUGAUGGUACACGGAGUCGCUUUGGUGUGGAGAUCGCGUUUCGCCAAGCGUUUGAACAGGCAGCAGCACAACACUUCCACGCUCCCGCUGUCACUGUUGUGAUUCAAGGUGGACCAGGCAUCCUCUACACGGCGUGCCGCUCAGCUCAGGACGGCUGGCCUGUGCUAGUCAUGGCAAACAGUGGGCUCGCUGCUGACAUCAUCGCAUAUGCCUACCACUUCACGCACAGCCCGUUGCCUGAGCACACGUCGCUCACGUGGGAGGGCCUGCAGGGGCUGAUCAAAGACAACUUCGCGACGGGCGAUGAUUCAGCCAGACUUCGGCGUCUUCUGGAUGAUGCCUUGGAAGUGGCCCAUAACGACUUGGUUCGCGUGAUUGGCGGUCAAGGCAAGACUCUCGACGACAUGAUGCAAACAUUCCUUGAGGUCACCUCUGGAGCGGACACUCCGGAAGCGAUUCGUGUCAAAUACGAGAUGCUGUUCCACGAGUACGCCGAUUCCCUCAAUCUCGACCGCAAAUCUCUGUCGCUGAAAUCCUACGACACAUCCGACCUGCACAUGCUGCUGCGCAUUGCCCUGGACACGAACAACCACGUUUACACCGAGGACCUCAUCAUGCUUCUGGGCGAGCACAUUGGCGAGUUGCUGGAGCCUGCACUUCGCGCCGUGCCCACAAUGGUCAUUCGCUCGCUCAGCACAGACAGGUUCUCCAGCGCGUAUCGGAAGCGCGUGUCACCCACUGUGCAGGAGUGCAUCGCGCGCCUGAUUGAAAAGGACUUGGGCGAAGCCGUCGACACGGCGGCCGAGUGCCCGCUCAUGCAAGUUGCCGACAGCACGUCUCGCUCGGAGCUCAUGCACGCGGCCAUCAACAACGAUGUCUCCGUUGCCAUGCGCCUUGCGACGGACUUCUUUGAGCUCAAGCCCGAGCCCGAAUUUGCCAGUGCCCCUGUCACAGCCCGCCUGCGUCCGGGUGAACUGGUGGUUGUGGGCAAGGAUGAGCUGUGGAAGCGGGACAAGAAAAGCGCACUGUAUCGCGAGCUGCGUCGACAGACCGGCAACAACGCAAACGUGCGCACGCAGGCCCUCGCCCUGGACAUGGAGCAAGCGUGUACCAAGGAGCCCGACAGCCUCUUCUCAGAGAUUAUCGCCAGUGGCAAGGCGGAGCUGUUCCAGCUGCUGGCACUGCGGGCAGCCGUGCAGCUGCGCUGGGUCACGUACGGCCGCACCCUCUUCUUCUUCGAAGGCGUGCAGUACCUGGUGUCGCUCUGCCUCCUCGUCUUCCUCUCGCUCACCAUGACCACGUUUGGCACGCCGCCAAGUGGCUCACACUAUCGAGCCGUCAUCGCCACCAUCUCCUUGACAUCACUCGCAGCGCUGAAUGAGGUGAAGCAGCUGCUUCGCAGUCGCUCGCGCUACUUCAGCAACAUUUGGAACUGGCUCGACAUGGCACGGGCGGCUCUCACGCUCUCCUUCUGCAUCCUGCACCUCCAAGGCGACACGCAGGCCCGCACGCUGCUGGCAUACGCGGUGAUUGUGCAGUGGCUGCGGCUGCUGUACUUCCUGCUGCCGUUUGACAGCACCGGCCCACUCAUCAUCAUGAUCCUCGAGAUCUUGAAGGACACGUACGUGUUUUUGAUUGUGCUCGUGACCGUUGUGCUCGGGGCUUCCAACAGCCUGUUCGUGCUGCUCCACCACAGCAGCAGCGGCGUUGCCAGCACCUCGUCGUUUGCGAGUGCCGACGGGUUUUCAGACGUCGCACUAGCACUGUUCACGUCUGCCAACAUGCUGUUGUUUGGCGACUACGACCAGACGUUGUUUGACGACAGCAGUGACGGCAUCAGCGCACGCGUCAUCUUUGUGGCAGUCAUGUUUGUCACGCUGGUGAUUCUACUGAACCUGCUGAUCGCCAUUCUCUCGGACUCGUACGAGCGCGUGCAGGACCGGUCUGCAAUGGAGCUGACGCUCGCCAAGGCGCAAAUCCUCGACGACCAGCAGUUUCUCCUGCACCGGUAUUUGCUCGUCGCCUGUGGCACGCUGUGGAAUUACGUCAUCGCUCAGCCACUGGCUGCAACUGCCGGCUUGUUGAACUCGCACUGGCGGGUGCUGAUUCUUGAACGGUUCAUGGUGGACACCUCCUCCGUGUGCACGUGGCCUGCCGAAGCAGUUGUGCUCAUCCCCGAGACGUCGACGCAGCGCACCCAGCCGGCGUCACGGUGGCAGGGCAUGCUGAACCAUCUCAAGCUCAACGUCAACGACCGGGCAGACGGAAUACAGGAGCAAGCGUCUGCAUCGUGGUUGGCGGUGAGCGAGCUUGCGUCGCAGAAUGCAGAGAUGCUGAAGCACAUGCGAAGCGAAAUGGCCGACAUGCAGCGGGCAAUGAACAGCAACUUUGCUCGGCUCCAGCAGUCGAUUGAGCAGGGCAAUCCAACCACAUCGCAGACACAGACGGCUGGCCAGCAAUCGUCUCAAACAACCCUCCAGCAACAGGAACGACAACAUCAUCGCCUCGACUCUGCUGACUACACGGACAUGGAGGAGCUCCCUGCGACCGCCGCAGCAGCAGCAGACGCGAAGCAUGACAAGGACACGGUGCCGGCUGCCACCCGUGCGCAGGAUGGAUUCGUCCCACCCGAGGAGUACCCAGGAUCGAACGGCGUGAAGCGUUUUACCAUUGACGCGUCGCAGGUGCCCUGGGAUGUGGUGUUUCCCGAUUACGAGCCUGUCGAGUACACCCACCCUGCGGUGGCACGGCAGCCCGUGUGGGCGGACCCUGCGGACCCGCGCGAGAUCAAGUUCAAUGUGAAGGACGAGGUGUUCGGCAGGGUGGUUGAUCGCACGUCGUGCCACCCAAGCGGCAUCAGCAUCGACAGCAGCACCGGUCGCCCCAUCAACCCGUGGGGACGCACGGGCAUGACAGGCCGCGGCCUGCUGGGCAAGUGGGGCGUGAACCAGGCAGCGGACAUGGUGGUGACGCGGUGGAAGCGGGCACCAGAUGGCAGCAUCCUGCAGCGCGACGGCAAGAAGGUGCUGGAGUUUGUGGCCAUUCAGCGCAUGGACAACAACAUGUGGGCCAUCCCUGGUGGCUUUGUUGACAACGGGGAGGACGUCGCCCUGACCAGCGGCCGCGAGUUUAUGGAGGAGGCCCUCGGCACCAAAGACAAGCGUGGUGCGCUGAGCAAGGAAGAGGAGAAGUCUGUUGCACAACUCUUUGCUGAUGGCACGAUUGUCGACCGCAUUUACGGCGAGGAUCCGCGCAACACGGACAACGCGUGGGUGGAGACGACGUGCGUCAACUUCCACGAUGAGAGCGGGCGCCACGCCGCCUGCCUCCAACUCGGCAGCGACGAUGAUGCCAGGACUGCACGCUGGAUGAUGGUGCAUGGCGGGUGGAACUUGUUUGCCAGCCAACGCAAGCUGCUCCAGCUUGUCGCACGCCAUCACUCCGCCUACUUUUAG